GGCUGAAGUACUUGAUUCAACUGUUUUUCGUGUGGGAAUUAUAGCAGCUUUUCAUUCAAAAAAACUUGAUUCAAAAACUAUUGGCAUUAUGAUUGCUGCUUCUCAUAACCCUGAACAAGAUAAUGGUGUUAAACUUGUUGUAAACUCUUCCAAUAAUUUAUCAUCAGCUAUUCCAAUCUUAGGAACAAAGCUUAUUAGUAAAGAAUUAUUUUAUUUACUAAGGAAUUAUACAUUUGAGAUGUGGAUCAUAGAAGUUGACCUUGUUUCCAUUGUCCAUGCCUCACCAACCUAA